CAUUGAAAAUUUACCUCUUGUCAAUUCUAAUAGUUUGUUAUUAAGAAUUCGUGCAGCUAUCUAUUUAUCUUUAGAUGAGCUUUGGGAUAUACCUUCAGAUUUGGCUUUGAUCGCACCAAAUCAAUUGGAUCAUGCCAAAAAAUUACUUGAGCAAUCUUAUACCAAAAUGAAAAUGGCUUUUGAAUUAUUAAAUUUAAAUAAUCAUUCAG